CACAAAAAUUACUGUUGAAGCAGCACAUGGUUUGAUUUCUCAAGUCCUUAAAAAUGUUCUGUUUAAUAAACCGCAACCUCUUGUUGAACAAAAUAAAACCGAAGUAGAGAUUCUCCCCGAUGCUUGA